GAAGCGUUGCAUCGUUUCACUCUCACGGGCGCGUUGCCUCGCCUAUUGUGUGGUUGAACUCGUGUAUUAUACCCGUCCCCCCUUCUUUUACGCGGAUACUCGUUUGAGGGAAAAAACCGUUUAUGGUCCUGGCUGAAGAUUUCACGAUGUCUCGCACCGACGAGGUUCACCGCUUGACGGAAAAUGUCUAUAAGACCAUCAUGGAGCAGUUCAACCCCUGCUUACGAAACUUUGUUGCCAUGGGGAAGAACUAUGAGAAGGCCCUUGCCAAUGUGACAUUUGCUGCCAAAGGCUACUUUGAUGCGCUGGUCAGAAUGGGUGAACUGGCCAGUGAGAGUCAAGGAUCCAAAGAUUUGGGGGAUGUGCUGUUCCAGAUGGCUGAGGUCCACAGACAGAUCCAAGUGCAGCUAGAGGAGAUGUUGAAAUCCUUCCACAAUGAGCUGCUCUCCGAGCUGGAGAAGAAGGUGGAUCUGGAUGCUCGUUAUCUGACUGCUGCCCUAAAGAAAUACCAGAUGGAACACAAGAGCAAAGGGGAGAGUCUGGAGAAGUGCCAGGCUGAACUGAAGAAGCUGCGCAGGAAGAGCCAGGGCAGCAAGAAUCCCUCCAAGUACGGAGAGAAGGAAAUGCAGUUUGUGGAGACCAUCAGCAGUAAGCAGACUGAGCUGGACACUUUCAUUGCUGAGGGAUACAAGACAGCCUUGUCCGAGGAGCGUCGCAGGUACUGCUUCCUGGUGGACCGCCAAUGUGCAGUGGCCAAGAACAGCAGCGCCUACCACGGCAAGGGUAAAGACCUUCUGACCCAGAAGAUCCCAGUGUGGCAACAGGCUUGCUCAGACCCCAACAAACUGCCAGAGAGGGCCAUGCUCCUGGCCCAGCAGAUGGGCUCUGCUGCCCUCGGGGGCACAAGCCCCCUGCAUACCUCCAAAUCCAACUUGGUCAUCUCAGACCCUAUCCCCGGGGCCCAGCCUCUUCCUGUGCCCCCGGAGCUGGCUGUUUUCAUGGGCAGUGGCCUGGGACACCCAGCGAGGCUGAUGGGCCCUGAUGGUAUGUCCAUGGUAAAUGGGACAACAGGAGUCCAUGGGGAGGAAUAUUGGACGGAUGGAGGGACUUUAUCCGUGUCCCAAGUCAGGCCUUCGUCCCCCCAGACCCAGGCACAGGGCCAGUCCCAGGCUCAGCCCCAGAGACAGGUCAGCGAUGUCUACUCCAACACCCUCCCUGUCCGCAGGCCUGCCCCUGCCAAGAAUAAGAACCCCGUGGGAGAGACACGGACCCUGCCCAGGUCCAGUUCCAUGGCAGCAGGCUUGGAAAAGAAUGGGCGCUCCCGUGUCCAGGCCAUCUUCUCCCACGCUGCGGGUGACAACAGCACCCUGCUCAGCUUCUCUGAGGGAGAUGUAAUCACCCUGCUAGUGCCCGAGGCCAGAGAUGGCUGGCACUAUGGGGAGAAUGAGAAGAACAAGAUGCGUGGCUGGUUCCCGUUCUCCUACACACGUGUGCUGCCUGAAAGUGACAGUGAGAAGCUUAAAGUGAACUUGCACCAUGGGAAAAGUAGCAGCACAGGGAACUUGUUGGAGAGUGAUGCAUCACUGCCCACACCUGACUAUGGCCUGACUGCCCGACUGCUGGCACAGAGCCUAGCACAGACCCGCCCACGUCCCUACAGCAUGGCAGGCUUUGGCACACAGCCUGCUAUUGAGGAUUAUGAUGGCCGCUUUGCCACAAGUUUGGGUCCAGAAUUGUCCCGGUUCUGAGGGAACAGGACCUUCUGACCGUACCCUGGAGGUCUACCUCCGGCCCAGCUUCACUGAUGACCGAUCUGCGCCCAUCUUCUACUAGCAGCCUGCUGUUCCUCUUUUGUCCACUAAUGGGCCCUUUUUUGAAGGGGAGAGAAGAAUUGGCCAACAUUGGCAUGUUUGAGUUGUAUGAUGUUACCAACAAGAGGGCCCAGUAGUGUGUUACAGUACUACAAACUUAAUUUCUUUGGAAAUUCGCUAUGAGAAUUUCCAGUUAAUCCUCAUGAUGUUUAUUUUUUUGCUUCCACAAACAUUGAAUGUCUCAGCCUGACCAUUCAAUUGCAAGUGUGUGGGUAGAUUUUAUUAGUUCAUUAGAAUCACACCAGUUGUGGAUAGGGUAUUGCUUAUAGGUUUCUAAAAGUAAUGCAGUCACAUUGUUAUUUAUCUGCACUUCUACUAUGGGAUUUCUUUUCUUCUUCAACACUAAACACUGUAAAUUUCAUUUGAGGAUUAUUUGAGUAAAUGAGCAGUGAAGGCUGCAUUAGUUGUUUAAAUGACGCUUGAGGGUAAAUUACGAGUGACGGAUUUCAGUGCAUCACUGUGAUAUGCACUUAAGUGUUAAAAUAGCCAGAACUGUACAGUUGGAGAGCACAGUAUGAGUCUGCUUUUUGUUGAGUGAUACAUAGUACUAUAUAUAAACUAGUUGUGAUACAGUAAACCCAUAUUUUCAAUGUGGGAACUGUGCCUUUUACUUUUUUUUAAACCAUAUGCUUCAUGCAGCAGUCAUUCUGAAAACUGGUUUGAGGGCAUAAGCAUCACAGUUCAACUUGUAUUUUUUCUAUUCCUGAAAAUAUAAAUGGGAUUUUUUUCCUUUUUGGUUUGUUUGCUUUAAAUGUCAAGACGUUUUUUUUUUUUUUUUUUUUGCUUUGCAAGCUUCAGUACAGUGCAAUUCCACCAGAAUAAUACAAGAAUAUUUUCACUAUUCUUUCCUUCUCUUUAAAUUUCUGUAAUAUCUAAGCUGCCAUAGCCAAGAAAUGACAUACAGAGCAUACAUAAAGGGUCUUUUUAAAUAUAUAUAUCUAGCUUUGAGGGAGUGGUAGCUUAUCAGAUAAGGUACAGUAUUAUUGUAGCUUUUGAUCAUUCUCAGUAUUAUACACUCAUCUGGGAGAAAAGCUUUAAGCGGAGGCGUUUAUCUACAGUAUGAUGUGUGGGGGUAGAAAUGGAAGUGCAUGUGAUAAAAAACCAAUAAUGUGUAUGGUUGCGCAAAUGAGUUGAAAUGCCUCUUAGACUUCAAGAAAUCGAGUUACAUUUUCCACGGAUGAGUCCUUUACACUGAGUGAUAUGAUCAGGCUUUUAUUACACAGCUCAUUUGGGCAGUGAGUUUCAAAUGCAUUUUCUUUUCUUUUUUUACUUUUAUAUAGCUUUCAUUGUGUCCAUUUCUCACUCUUGUCCCUGUUUGUAUCAUAUCUGUACUGUACAGAAAGUGCAUAUAAAUUAUCUUGUCCGAAAUAAAUCUACAUGGGCAGAAACGUCA